AUGGCCAGUCCAGGGCAGGACCCGAUCUCUUUGCUGCAUCCAGAGCUCCCAGCAGUUGGGGUGAUCGAUGCUGGCAGCCUUCCGCAAGUUCUCUCCGUGAACAAGCUCCAGGUAACGAAUGACAUUUCCAAGUUGACCCCUGUGCGCAAAAUGGUACUCAACAGUGACUUCAAACUGCAGGCGGGCAGCUUCUCCCCCGACAGGGUGUGUGUGUAUAUCCUGGAAAACCGAGUGAAGGAGACCUUGCACAAAGCCGCCUGGGACAGCCCGCAGGAACAGCUCUCUGCUAGUCCCACAGACUGCACAGGAGGUAAGGGAAUGGCCCCAAUUACAGCAUUUACUGCAGUAUUAAACCUUCAAUUCACUGUGUCUCAUCUCAGGGAGACUUUCUGGGUGUUGGGCCUGAUGAAAAUGGAUAUGCUGAACUUUACCACCCAGAGCCUGCAAGAGCACAACGUCCCAUAUGAAGGGAAGAACUUCCAGGAACUCUUGGAGAAGCUGCCUUGUAAGUCACUGGGGAAGGGAGAGAACUACAGGAGCUGCAGUGGGGGUCAGAGUGGAGAGAGGCAGGGCCAAGCAGCAGCAGAAGUGUCCGUGUCCUCGCAGGCGUGCGAUGGGGGCAGCAGCCGUAGCACAACUCUGCCAACACUGAAUCGAGGAGACGUGAAUCUGCUCUGCUGGGAGCCCGGGCAAAAGGAAUACCCUGAGGUAGGAGAAGUGGAUCAGGCCCGACUGGAGGAAGAACAAGUGCAGGUGAAUGAGUUUACCAUCAGGGCUGCAGUCCUGCUGGUGACCAGGGAUGGAAGCACCUUCUGUGGUUCACCUGUGUUUGUAGCUAGGCCGAGAUGAGUAACAAAGGUACUCUUGGAAGGGCUAUCUUGUACCAGGUGGGUUACUCUGAGUUUUCUUUUCCAGAAGAAGAAGGGGAAAAUUAGUAGUGCUGAUCACUAUUGCAUGAGUUGGCCACAGGGCAGCCCAGUGCUUGCCAAAGAGCCAGGCGGGGAAGAGUUCACAGAGCUCUGGCUGAGCGCUGGCUGUCCUGUGUGGAGACGCUUCCCUCCCCGUGCCUGCAAUAGCCCUUCCCCACCCAGCACGUGUUGUGACCAGAGUCCGGGUGCCUUUGUAUGGUUUAGGUGUGAAGAAGCUUUAAAAGCCACCAGCGACCGGGUGCUCCGGGAAGGCAGCAGGACUCUCGGUUACCUGCCUUGUACCACUGCCAAAUGGGCUUCCCCAGAGGCCAGAGAAAAAACCAUCACAGUCAAGGGCAACGCCGUCUGGCAUGUCACUGAGGAGUGGAUUCACUCCUUCCUCAGUCUUUUCAUCUCCCCCGAUGAACAGAAUUCUCAAACUUUCCCAAAGGGCCUUGAUCCCAUUCAGGAAGAGCUGCUGGAAGUUUGGUGCAGGUUUGGAAGCACAAUCCGUCACAGCAGGCAGCUGUUUGGAUGGCAUCUUGGAAAUUCUCAGGAAGGUGCUUCUCCCAGACGCAGGGAUGGAUUCUUUCUGAUCAUCUCCACCACAGACCAGGCAGGGGCAGAGCUCCUUCUCCAACAGUUCCUCAAAUCAUGCUCAUAAAAAUCAGACAAAUCCACUGGGGCCAGCAUCACUACUGGGAAGUGACUCAGCCUGUCAGGAUCUGAAUAAACCUCUCAACUACAAAAGGUCCUGUCUGGGACGAGGAGGAGAAGUGUUGGUGUAACGCUGAGGUCACAGUGACAACGGGACGAAUGCGUGUCUAAGUUUGUUUAUUAAUUCAGUCUGUUCUAAGUUGUACAAUUAUGAAAACAACAAAACGACUGCUGGAAGCCCAGGAAUAUUUACAAUCUCGCCUUGUUGUAGUGAGGUCAGUCUAUGUUGUUGCACAGAUUGGUUAUGUUUGGUACCACAAGAUGUUUUAAAAUUCAGACAAAUUUGAACAGAUUAACAAUUGUAUAUACAGGAAAUAAAAGGAAAUUCAAGUAUCAAAAUACAGACAGAUUAAAUAACAUUUGUAUUACAAAUCAGUCCCACUGCCAUACAUCACAAUUAGCAAAAAUGUCUACAUUGCAAACUGAACUUGACUGUUCUCUGCCCUGUUAGGGAAUCUCAGGUUAUUCUUCCAUGGGUAAGGAAAAUGUUUGAGCUAGAUUGACUUUGCAAGAGCAGCACAAUUACUUUCUUUUUUUUGGGGGGGGGGGAAGACACUAAGUACUGCCCAGUGAGACCCAAAAGGGAGACCUUUUGCAACAAGACAGCAUUGCAACCACCGUGCUUGCUCUAAAAUAAAGAUCUGAUUGCGUGGAGAUGAUGUGAGCAGAAGCAAGCCAGGGGAGAUUCUGCUGCUAGAAACUUCUGAAGUGGGGCAGAAGGAGCAUUAAAGCAACUGACUCCACUUCAGCUGCAUCCAGAACUGGAUGCGUGCGGGGGGACUAUUUGGCAUCGGGUCUGUGUCUCAGCAGCCUCGUGAAGGAACAGACAUUUCCCUAGAGGUACCUCUUGGAAGGUGCCGUAUCUUCUCCCCGGGAGGGGGACAGGCACGUACCCCGCAAAAAUUGCAUAAUUUCUUCUAAAAAGAAUGAUCCCAAAGCAAGUUGAAAGACAGCUGAACAGCUAAGAUUAGCUUUUUGUAAAUACAAAAAAAGGAUAAAGCAGUUUCAAUUUGAAAAAAAAAAAGAAUCAUCCCCUCCUAUAUAAAAAAA